AUGUCCUCCAACGUCUCUAAAGCCGGAAUCACCACCGAUGCAACCGGUGCAAGCUACAUCCCCUCAUCGGUCCGUGCAGAUGGCUCCAAACGUCGAGAGAUUCGUGUCCGCCCUGGCUACAAGCCCCCAGAGGAUGUCGAACUUUACAAGAAUCGUGCCGCCGCUGCGUGGAAAAAUCGUGGAAAAGGCGGGGUGCCGGGUGCAGAGGCAUUGAGCAGUGGGGACGACAAAUCUGCCGCGGCAGACGCCACGGCUGCCAGCAACAAAAACGCAAAGCGCCGCGAGGCGAAACGUCAAGCAAAGGAAGCCGAGGCCUCAGUUAAAACGGGCUCUGGAUCCGACAAUUGGCGUGUGCCCGCCAAAAAGGACGAAAAGCCCACCGAGCCCGAGAAGCAGGAGGAGCCCGUCGAUCCGGAGGCAGAGAAGGAAAAGAAAGCACGCAACCUCAAAAAGAAGCUCAGACAGGCACGAGACCUGCGCGACAAAAAGAACCAGGGUGAGGCCUUGCUGCCCGAGCAGCUGGAGAAGGUCAUCAAGAUCCACGAACUGGUUCGACAACUCGAAACACUCGGAUUCGACUCAAAUGGAGAUUCGAAGGAUGAAGAUGCCCAGGAAAAAGCAUGA